AUGUCUCUCUCUCCAGGUCGGGCCCAGAGGGGCUUCAGUGCCCACUCAGCCUGUUCUGGUCCCUCGGGGGCCCCAGCCAGGAGCAGCUUCAGUAGCAGAAGCCUUAGUCCCUUCCGGGGAUGCAGAAGGGCUUCCAGCGGAAGCGCCUGGGGGUCAGGAGGAAGGCUGGGGAAGUGGUUUGGAGGGGGCAGGGGUGGGUCUGGGCUUUCCCAGUGCCCUCCGGGGGGCAUCCAAGAAGUGACCAUCAACCAGCAGCUACUGAGCCCAUUGAAGGUUGAGAUCGAUUCCCAGUUCCAGACGGUGAGGACCCAGGAGACCCAGGAGAUCAGGGCCCUCAACAACCAGUUUGCUUCCUUCAUCGACAAGGUGCGGUUCCUGGAGCAGCAGAACAAGGUGCUGGAGACCAAGUGGCACCUGCUCCAGCAGCAGCAGCAGGGGGUGAGUGGCCGCCAGCAGAGCCUGGACUCUGUCUUUGAAGCGUACUUCAGCCAACUCAGGCAUCGGGUGGAGGAGCUCCAGAGAGAUCGACGGGCUCUGGACGCCGAGCUGACAACGUUCCGGAACCAGGAGGAGGAGUACAAGGCCAAGUAUGAGCAAGAGGCCUACACCCGUGCCACCGUGGAGAAUGACUUUGUGGUCCUCAAAAAGGAUGUGGAUGAAGCCUUCCUGGGCAAGAUGGAGUUGGAAGGCAAGCUGGAGGUGCUGAGAGAGUACGUCUGCUUCUUGAGGCGUCUGUAUGAAGAAGAGUUGAGCCAACUUCAGACCCAGGUCGGUGACACGUCCGUGGUGCUGUCCAUGGACAACAACCGCUGCCUGGACUUCAGCGACAUCAUCACCAAGGUCCAGGCCCAGUAUGAGGAGGUCGCUCGAACCAGCAAGGCCGAGGCGGAGGCUCUGUACCAGACCAAGUACUGUGAGCUUGAGGCAUCCGUCCAGUCCCACGGGGACAGCAUCCGCGAAAGCAGAGCCCAGAUCUCCCAGCUGCACCAGGCAAUCCAGAGGCUGCAGAGCCAGAUGCAGACCCUCAGGAAGCAGAAUGACCACCUGCAGUCGGCCAUCGCCGAUGCGGAGCAGCGCGGGGAGCUGGCCCUCCAGGACGCUCAGGCCAAGCUGGUGGACCUGGAGGACGCCCUGCGGAAGGCCAAGCAGGACCUGGCUCGGCUGCUGUGUGACUACCAGGAGCUGCUCAGCACCAAGCUGGCCCUGGACGUGGAGAUCGCCACCUACCGGAGGCUGCUGGAGGGCGAGGAGUGCAGGAUGUCUGGGGAGUGCACCAGCCAGGUCACCAUCUCGGCAGUGGGAGGUGGCAGCACCGUGUCUGGCGGAGCCGGUGGAGACCUGGUGGGCACAUGUGGAUUCGGAGGCUGGAAAGGGAGCUUUGGGGCCAGUUGCUCCAGCCAAGUGAUCGGAGGGUCCAGUGUCGUCCUGGACUCCGGGAAGGGGGCUGUGUUUGGAUCCUGCUCCGUGUCCGGCUCCGGCUCCAGCUCCGGCUCCAGCUGCAGCACCAUCCUGAAGAAGACGGUCGAGUCCACUCUGAAGACAUCCAUCACAUAUUGA